ACACUCUCUCUCUCUCUCUCUGAGUGUGUGUGUGCAUUAAUAUUGUGUGUACGGAAUUCUAUAGGAUCCCCAAAAUAGGAAAUUACUUUGUGUACGUACAGCAGUUUCUUCAAUUCCUGUGUAGGGUCCCCCCCAUCCCACCCCACUCUGUGUGUUCCCUAUGGCAAGCCUGCAGCACAUCGACAGGUUGUUGGACAGGUGUCCAUUCGUACUGGCAGAGGCGUGGACUUGAGCUGAGCAGGUGUUAGCACUAGCGAUCCCGCUGCAACAGAGGAGAGACCUUGGCAGUAACACACAAAAUAGACACAUUGUGCCGCUCUACUCCUGCACCCCUCGCUUGUCCUUGAUUUCACACACACACACACAUACAUACAUGCAGACAAUGCACAUGCUACUCCUAAUAAUAACCAGAGGUCUAUGUAUUUCACUUGAAGAAUGAAUAAAUGCCAAUGGGAAGUUGAGUUUCUCUCUCCUGGGACUGAGGAAUGCUGGGAGCCAUUGUUCUGAGCGGCUGUGUGCCGUGGUGACGCAUGCCAGACCAACAGGCUCUUAGGGCUGGGAACAAAGUCUGACUCGGGCCCUGGUAAUGUUUAACAAAGUGAGUUUCUGACUCAAAAACGUACCCGUUACACAGAGGUGUGUGUGUGAGAAAGAGAGAGAGAGAGAAAGCACACACACAUGUUGCAUUCACAGAUGGCCCUCUUAUGACUUCACAGGCUGAUCCUGUUUGGAGAGCUUAAAAGGUAUGAUUUCUUUGUCAUAUGGUUUAGAAUAUCUGUGUUUUUCUAUAAAUUUCUCAUUAGGGAAAAUGUGGUUUUAUGAGUGACAAUGUCAGAGAAUGAGGGACCUCUCCUAAAACCGUUAGACCGCUAACCUGAGAUGCCAAUACAUACUUCUUAACCCUCAACAGCGGAGUUUAGGUUUAUGCUUCAAAGUCACACUUAGCUGUUGUUGCUGAUGUAAAUUAUUUGUUUCAGGCAUUUUCAUAUCGGGGCUUUCAAAUUCACUAUGCAUCCUGGCAUUAUUUAGUUCAUGAAAAACGUAAUGCGUAAAAGCUGUAAUAUGCCCUAAUCAGAAGCAAGAUGCAGAGAGUUCACAUUCAAUUUGAUAAAGUUUAGCCUUCAUGCUCAUCCUCAGAAUGAUAUCAGCAAUGUACGUCUAAGAAUCAAGCAUUUGUGGUGGGUGUGGGUGAGGAUUUAUUCAUUAUCUUGUAAUAUAGACAUAAUGGUUGUAAGCAAUAUGUUGAUGCAUUUAUGUAAGGUCUAUAUGCAGAACUACCUAGAAAUGAUAUAUAUGAGAGAUUUAGUUCAGUUUAGCUCAUCAAAGCCUAAUUCAACAUGUGUAAAAUUGCAAGACGGCUCCACAUCAAUGGCAUGAGGUUCAGUCACUGCAGUAGAUGAUCUAAUCGGAGGAUAAGUGAAUCUGUUCAGCUCUUGUAAAUGAAGCUGAGCACUGUUGCACAAAAUGAACUGUCCAUGGGUCAUUUCUGAUUACAGCAUGAUGAUCUGUCCAGAGGAGAUAAAUUGAAAUGGUUUUAACAACAAAGGCAUGACUGUUACCUUGGCAAUAUGUUGUGUGUUGCCCUCCUGCUAGUACAGUUGGCAUUUGCUACUCAAGGUCAGGAUGCAUCUUCCUCCUCCUCUUUCUUCUCUUCCUCCUCUUCACUGCGUCAGUCGGAGUUGGUUCUGGAGCCCAGAUCCUUGGCGGUGCUCACUGGCCAAUCGGCCCGCUUCAACUGCAGCACGACCGAACCGUGGACCAUCAUGAUAUGGCGUCUGGAUGAUGCUUCAGUGAUGGUCAUCUCAGCGGGAAACGGUGCCACAAACACCACGUUGUACAAGGCAGUAAACUGUUCCACGGCCCAGACGUCCUGCUGGGAGCUGGUCAUGGAGAGGGUCAUCCGCAGCAACUCAGCGCAACCCCACCGGGUCGUCUGUGAAACUCUGGGUGGACUACUAAUGGCAGCUGAGUUGCAUAUCCAAGAAAGUGGCAGUGUUGUGGUCACCGGUGGGAACGUGUCCGUGCCCAGUGGUCAGACGGUGGAGUUCCAGUGCGUGGCCCUCGGCUGGUUCCCCGAGCCCAGUGUGGAGUGGUUCCUGGACGGUCAGCCUCUUGGCCGCGACUCCUUCAACACCAGCAGUGAGCUGGACCGGACCCGGGCCCUCUACAACGCCACCAGCACCCUGGUCCUGGAGGCCCGACGCAUAGGCAGCGUCGAGUGCCGUGUGUCGGUCUCCGCCAUGGCUGCCCCGCUCAGCGCGAGCACGUAUCUCAGCGUCGUUCAAGGUAAGGACGACACUGCGGUGAUAGCAGCAGUCUCCUAUGUGGCGGCCAUGCUUCUGGUAAUCCUCAUAACCAUCUGCAUAAUGCUCUACCUCUGGAGGAGAGGCUUAAGAAAAGAGUCCUCUAUUCCCGAGACUGAGAGGAUAGACCAACACCGGAGCCAGCAGAGUUCUGUUGCCGAGGAGACAGAGGGCAGAGUGAAUGCUGGAUACUCUUCAGAAUGCAGCUCAAGCUUUGUUGACACCGAGUCCAGUGUUAGCAUGCACAGUCGGAGGACCACUGCCAGCACCGAGGAGGCAUACACCACUGAGGAGAUGCCAGAUGUUGUCCCCUCACCCUAUAAUACGAUCUACUUCAUCUCCCUUGGCGACAAGAGCACUAAGACCCCAAGAAGCGUCACUACAGUGUGAACUUUGAUCUUUGAGUGUGUGUGUGUGUGUGUGUGUGUGUGUGUGUGUGUGUGUGUGUGUGUGUGCGUGCGUGCGUGUGAAUGUGUGUUUUUUUUUAUUGUAUGAUGAUGAUGCCACACCACUGUAAUGCUGACAUGGGGAUAUGGCACUGGAGCUAGCACUAGGAGGCAAAGAUUGAUCAUCUCACUGAUAUGUUACUAUAUAGCUUAUUGUGAAAAAGAUCCCAUCAAACUAUUUUGUGAUCCCCUUUAAUCCCACCAAUACUAAAGAAAUAUAUGAAAAAGAGUACAGUAGCCCAAUCCCUGUUGUAAACAGAAUCAUUUGAUAUUUUAUUACAUUGUAUUAUGUCACACAACACACAUUUCUAAAUUUGUAUGAGAACAAUAUAUAAUUAUAUUUAUUCUAAUUUAUGAAGCCUCUCUCUCUCUCUCCUUCUCCUAGUAGUACAGAUUGGCUUCUCCACUUAUAAUUUAUUUACUUCUUUUGUCAUGAUAUUUUCUCAUUAUAUUCUCAUGUAUUUUUUAAAAUGUUUUUCCUGUAUUGAAUGUUACACAAAUACAAUAUUCCUGUUGUUAUUUUCUUGGCAGCUCU